AUGGGGCCACCUCUAGUAUCAGCGUCCCUUGCCCUGAAUCCAAGAUGUCAUUCAUACGCAAACUAUGUGGCGCCUUCCUUGAUUCUCAGCAUUAUAUCUCAUUACGACAGGCCGAUCACCAUCUACGCCGAUGAUCUCUCUCCGGCGCUCAUGCUCAAGUGUGGCGCUUUCAAGAUUAUUUCUUUAACAUCUGGAGCCGAAUUCAAGCAAACAGUAUCAACCCACUGUCGAUUUCCUCCGCCCACGAAGGUGAAAGUCUCAUAUGAUGAGGCUAGCUUCUAUACGCUUUACCCGAAUGUACCCGUCACCUUCUCCGCGCCCUUCACUCGCAAGCGUGACAACAAUGAUGGCAAACCACUUCCAGCAAGCCACCCGGACUACUCAAACCAUCGCUACUCAACAUCUGGCGCUCUUGGAGUAGAUGGCCUUGAGCCAGGGGACACCUAUGCGCUGACUCUAGCUGAAACCCCUCGUGUUGCUUGGACGUUUGUCCGUUGGUGGGAGUAUGGCACGAAGGAAGAGGUCUUGAGGAUGGACCUUGAUGCGCGCAAAGUCAAGUUUGAUCCAGGUCCACACGAGCCAAUCACGGUCGAUACGAGUGGUGUGAAAGCCGUUGCUUUUAGUUGCACUGAAUGA